CCUAACACCACUCUCGCCACGCAGUCCUCGCGCCGACCACAAAGAUGGGGACCGCUCUCAAAACAUGGGAGCUCGAGAACUCCAUCAAACUCGUCGACCCCACUAAAGACGCACUCUACACCUACUCCCAAAGCGAGCAGAAAGCCGUCAACGAUGCGAAACCCUGGAGAAACGACCCGCACCACUUCACCUCCGUCCGCAUCUCGGCCGUCGCGCUCCUCAAAAUGGUGAUGCAUGCCCGCAGCGGCGGCUCCCUCGAAGUCAUGGGCCUCAUGCUCGGCAAGAUCGAAGCGCACACCUUCGUCGUGACAGACGCUUUCCGCCUGCCCGUCGAGGGCACCGAAACCCGCGUCAACGCUCAAGACGAGGCAAACGAGUACAUGGUCGAGUUCCUGACCCGCAGCCGCGAGGGCGGUGGCCAGCCGGAGAACGCCGUCGGCUGGUACCACAGCCACCCGGGCUACGGCUGCUGGCUCUCGGGCAUCGACGUCAAUACGCAGAAGACGCAGCAGAGCUUCCAGGACCCGUUUGUCGCUGUGGUCAUCGACCCCGACCGCACUGUCUCCGCGGGGAAGGUCGAGAUCGGCGCGUUCCGCACAUUCCCUGACAAUUACAUCCAGGAGAAGGAGAAGUCCGCGGGAGGCAAGAGCGGUGGUGGCGGCACCGACGCAGACGGCUUUCAGACGAUUCCGCUGGGGAAGAUCGAGGACUUUGGCGCCCAUGCAAAUCACUACUACCCGCUCGAGGUCUCGCACUACAAGAGCUCGCUUGAUGCGAAGCUGCUGGAUAGCCUCUGGAACAAGUACUGGGUUGGCACGCUGUCGAGCAGCCCGCUCAUUUCCAACCGCGAGUACGGCACCAAGCAGAUCUCGGAUCUUGCGCGCAAGGUCCAGCAGGAGACGGCCAGUGUGAAGCGGAAGGGUGCGUUUGGCCACGGCCCAGAUGCAAAGGGCCAGCUGAGCAAUCUGGGACUCGCCGGUGGGAAGAUUGCGCGCGAGGAGGAGAUGGGGCUGCUGAGUGCGAAGGUCAAGGAGAAGGUGUUUGGAGUAGGCGUGGGCGCGGAAGAGGGACCAGGGGGGAAUGAGGUUGAGAUGAAGAGCUAGAGGGGUGAAUUGUUGGCCGCGGGGUGCGGAUGCAUUAACGACUACGAAGUGAAACUCCAGGAAGGCAUUGCUCGGUGUUAUGGCGCUAUAGAAGGCGUGGGGUUACGCCGCGAUUCGACAUGGCGUUUACAUAAGGAAGUUCGAGCAGCUGAGAUGUGUCAAGCAUGCUCCUGGGUAUGAGUUAGCUACCAUCAAGACGAGGACUCAAGGCUUCCUCUUGGUUGGAGAAUUACGAGGAACGAACCAGAGCCAGAAUUCAAGUCAAUUCGCGGAUACAUUGUGAAGAAGCUACAGUCCACGACCCAUAUCCUACAUGCCGUAUUUCCUAUGCACAGAU